UAGGUUACCUAUGCGCCUAGUUUGUACCGUAGGUUAUGCUGUUGGUUACGUGUUAAGGUCUGGUUGGCAAGUCCGGCGGUUUAUUAAUUCGGAUUGCGUACAUUGUCGUUAUUUACCAAAGAAAAAUGGUUUCGUUAAUUAGCACAAUAGACACAGGACACGAGGAUUUCGUUAACGAUGCUGAAAUAGACUAUUACGGCCUCCAGCUUGCGACCUGCUCCAACGAUCACUCCGUCAAAGUUUUCAGCAUCAAAAAUGGGACGCAGUCAUUAGUAGCUGAAUUAAAGGGCCAUUACGGUCCUGUGUGGCAGGUAACAUGGUCUCACCCGAAAUUUGGCAAUAUGUUGGCUUCGUGUUCAUAUGAUAGGAAAGUGAUCGUUUGGAAGUUAAACCGUGAAUGGGGCAAGUUACAUGAGUUUAGUAACCAUGAAGCAUCUGUCAAUUCUGUCCGGUUUGCCCCUCACGAAUACGGCCUUGUUCUCGCAUGCGGGAGCUCUGAUGGCACUAUAUCAAUUCUAUAUUCCAACCAAGACACAGGUAUUUGGGACGUUAAGAAGAUAAACAACGCCCAUGCCAUCGGAUGCAACACCGUCAGUUGGUGCCCAUCCGGAAAGAAGAAACAACUCGUGAGUGGUGGCUGUGACUCACUUGUCAAGAUAUGGCAGGAGGAGCCAAACGGGUGGGAAGAGAAGAUUAAGCUCGACUUCCACUCCGACUGGGUCAGGGACGUCGCUUGGGGCCCAUCUAUAUGCUCGCCGAAGAGCACAAUCGCCUCGUGCUCACAAGACAAACGAGUCAUUAUCUGGACCAAUGAAAACAAAGGAUCGGAAAACUGGGUGCCGAGAGUGCUUCACACGUUUGAUGAUGUUGUAUGGAACCUGAGCUGGUCUCUCACUGGAAAUAUACUUGCUGUAUCUGGCGGCGAUAGCAAAGUCACUCUUUGGAAAGAGAACACAGAAGGUCAUUGGACCUGUAUCAGUGAUGUCAAUAAGCCUCAUACCGCCCACCAACCCAAUGAACAAAGGGCAUUGUAAAAUCUCGUUUUUUUUAAAAAUAGAUUAUUUAAAUUUAACUUAUAAAUAUAUUACUUGUGAUUUUCCUUUCUUUCUUAAUUAAUGUAAUGCCAAAUUAUACUUUGUUAAAUUGAA